UUAGGUAGAUAGUAGUGAAAACUCCACUACAUGCUCCGUGCUCACGAUAACCUGUAAAGAUAACGUGUACAAGUUUAAAAGAUUUUCUGUUUGCGAUGUCAUUAUUUUCUGUGUUGAUGAUACCAGAAAACGUAUCUGAUUGGUGGGAUUGGUUAGUUUUCCGUGACCUGUGUGUUAUACUUUGGGUAUUAUAUGUACUGGCAAGAAUGUAUCUGAACAGUUCUGUUCGGUCUAGGUCACUUGAUUUAGCUAUUAUCCCCCUGUGUAUCAUUAUCACAGUUACCACUAGCGGAAAGGGGCUGUAUACCAGGAUACCAGAUAUUUCCAGAUCACAUUGUGUAGAACAGUACAUCGUAACCCUGCAUCUUCUACUCAGCAUUUCAUCCGCUCUGUAUUUGUAUUUUGAUGGAAUCGUAGAAACUGGUGAAGUUGUUCCCCGUCCUAAAACCAUUAUCAUCCCCGCCUGUACUGAGUUAGUAACUGAUGCUAAUCUGGAGACAGUAUUCCGGUCUAAUUGUAAGGAUUUUGAAACAGCAAAACUCGAAUGGAUUGGUGUUUACAGUGUGCCUUUAGAUGCUCCAUUCAAAAGUUCCAACCCUUGGCCUGUUAUUAAACGUUUUUUUCAAAAGCAAUUUUCCGUGGUAGACUACCAUGUUUUUGUCGUCUUACAUACAAAAGAUGGAAGAUACUUUGCAGUUGAAAAACAAAAAUACGGUGUAUAUGUUAGUUUUGGAGGAAGUCUUGACUCGGUUAUAUUUUACUUUAAAGGAGCACCGCGUGCAAAUCCUACCAGGGAGUUGAAAAAAGCCCAGUCUACUUCAUUACUUGGUGACGUAGUCUGUCAUUUGAAAGACAUACUGCCGACGAAUUGUUAUAGUGUAUGGAAUAAAAACUGUCAGCAUUUUGCAAAAAACAUCUUCGAUAUUUAUGCAGUUAACGCAAAAUGGGAUUUUAUUUCAUACACUGAUGUUCAUUUACUUUUCAGUAGACGUGGAUUUCCUUUAAUUGUACUGCUACUGUUUGUUUCUUGUAUCUACGAGCUAUAUCUUCUGAACACAGACAAUGAGACACAGUACGCUGUGUACAUAGUGAUACCAGUCUCACUGUACCUGCUGUUAAGCACUAAUAAGAAUGCGAUUAUAUCUAUAGUUAGGCUGCUAUUCGGGAUGUUAUUCUUAGAUAUGUUAUUGGAAGGUAUAUUGUAUACUCCUCUCGGUGCUAUUAGAAAAAGAGGAGCACAGUAUAGUGAGAUGUGGAGAUCUGGUUCUUGGUUCGACAAAUGUUGGUUACCACUGUGUUAUGUGAUGGUUUAUUUACUCAUUAGUAUCUACUUGUAUCUUUACUGGUUUCUUGACGUACUACUACACAUGCUAAGUUAUCUGUUGGGGUACCUGACUACACGACGUGUACCAGUCUUAUCUCCGUUACUUGCUGUUGUAACCUGGUUGUAUGAUAAAGUUUGCAAAAUAAAUCUUACAAGGUGCAUCAUCCCUUUGUAUAUUGCUACUGUAAUAUACUUCAGUUUACAGGACUAAGUAGUAACAAGGUUUCAUUAACUUGACCUACUGACUUAGAGCUGCUUGUCUGGUUGAAUAAUG